GCACCACCACCUGUUGGCUCCGUGUAGAUACAUUUGUGGCGCGAAUCCGGAGCCAUAUGGCAGCCUAAAUUGGCGCUAUCUGAGUUGUUCAAUUAGCCAAACGAGCGCUCGCCAUGUCGGAGAAGUCGAAUCGCGGCCAGAACCACUCCCGAUCGGAAUCGCAGGCGGCUGCCCAGCUAAAUGCCUCCGGCAGACGCAGCUCCACUCCGUCCGGGGCGAACGGCUCCUCCAAUCGCUGCCUGAUUGCCGUGAUUGUCUACCUGGCCCUGCUGCUAGAUAACAUGCUGCUAACCGUAAUUGUGCCCAUCCUGCCGGAUUACUUGGCCAGCCUGGAGCUGGAUUCCUCGUCUUUGCCGGUGGUGCUCAGUGUGGAGAAUACAUCGCUAUCAUCCUCGAAACUGGCCUAUCGAGCGGGGGAUUCAGCCGGCGGCGGACAUCCGCAGCUCUACAUCUCCAAGCAUCCCAUUCCGGGCAAAUCGAUGGUAAACUUCACCCUGCUCCAGCUGUCCACCGAAGCCACCACCACCACAGCGACCAGCACUUUGCCUCUGAAGCUGACUGAUGGCCAGUCGGGCGGCACUAAUGUCACUGGAAUUGGAAUUGGCAGUGGGAGUGGCAGUGGGAACAGGAGCAGGAACAGGAAGCUGGCCCCCGGCAGUCCACCCACCAACAAGGAGCUGACCUUGACGCAGGAGAACAGCUCCAUCGGCCUGCUGCUGGCCAUGAAGGCCCUUGUCCAAUUAAUUUUCAAUCCGAUUGUCGGCAACGCGUCCAGCAAGUUUGGCUACCGCCUUCCCAUUGUGGUGGGCACCUUCUUCCUGCUCCUCUCCUCGCUGGUGUUCAGCAUUGGCGAAUCCUAUUGGUCCCUGCUGGUGGCCCGGGCGGUGCAGGGCGUGGGAUCCGCUUGCAUCAACAUCUGCGGCAUGAGCCUGGUGGCCCAGCACUAUCCGGAGGAGGCUCGUCGCUCCAAGGUGAUGGGCAUCAUCCUGGGCAGCAUCGCACUGGGCGUGCUGCUCGGCUAUCCCUUCGGUGGAAUUCUGUACGACCUGAUGGGCAAGUCGGCACCGUUCAUCAUUCUGUCCACGCUGAUGUUCCUCAGUCUGGGCCUCCAGCUGCUGACCAUGGAUCUGUCAGUGCAGCCGGAGGUGGUGGUGGAGGAGUCACCCAAGUGGCGGCCCCUACUCCAGUGCAAGAUGAUCCUGGCCAUUGUGGCGGCCAUUUGGUUCUCCACAUCCACAAUGGCCAUGCUGGAGCCGUGCCUGCCCCUCUGGCUAAUCCAGUAUCUGAAGCCGAAUAAGUGGCAGCUGGGCACCGUCUUCAUUCCAGACUCCGUGGGCUAUUUUGUGGGCACAAACUUCUUCGGCAGCAUUGCCUAUAAGUAUGGUCAGGUUAAGGUGUCCUGCAUCAGUUUGCUGCUAGUGGGCGUGGCCUCCAUUCUGAUACCCAGUGCCACCACGGUUGCCCAACUAUUGAUGCCCCAUUUUGCCCUGGGUCUGGGCAUUGGAGUAAUCGAUGCGGCACUGGUUCCGCUUUUGGCCACUUUUGUGGAUGCCACACUUUCCCAAGAGGAUCACAGCGAGAGCAGUAGUUCCAUGUCCAGUUACGGAACAGUCUAUGCCAUCCAGCAGACUUCGGUUAGCCUGGCCUAUUGCUUAGCUCCCCUCAUUGGUGGUGAGUUGGCACAGACCUUUGGUUUCGCCUGGCUAAUGCGCAUCGUCGGCCUCUUCAACAUGAUCUAUGGUCCAAUACUGGUCUACUUGUACCAGAAAUACGAUCCAAAGGCCCUGAGAGAGCAGCACAAUGAUAUGCUGCUCCAAAGCAGCGGACGUGGAUCUCGAUAUAAACAGCUCUACAACUCCAUGGAUGUGGAAUAGGCUGCACUGCCCAGUUGUCCGAAUUAGGCGUUCCUUUGGCUCAUUAAAGCAAUAUAUUUGGAGCUGAU